AUGUCUCUCGCUCAGCAUGUGACUCAAACAGAGGGAUUCGACUACGAAGGCCCAGCGAAUCCCAACUACGAAGGUCCAACACAUCAAAACAUCUCACCCGGUUUCGGAACACCAAAUAUUCUCGUCCCCGAUAGAAUUGAGUACGAAUCAUUUCCCGACCGAUCCGAAUGGCGACGUUUGAGUUUUGCGCCCGUUGAGAUUGUGCAGAAAUUGCCCCAUCUCGCCGCUUACAAGGUCUCCGACCUCAAACGGUAUGUCCAAGUCGCGACAGGUAUAAUAGCUUGCUGGCUUGCAGCUGGUAUCGUCUUCGGUUUUGCUGCACUUAAGCCCAUCUUGAUCUCCGAGGGCAUUUAUUCCGAACUUUGCGAAAAUGACCAGCGACAACUCGGGCAUAAGCCGGACUUCCAAAUUCCAUGCGCGGCGCAGGAUAUGCGAUUGAAUCUUCUGUUUAUCUCGGCGUCUAUCUCUGCCAACGUCUCGUCGCUGGUUGCAGGCGCUGCCCUUGAUCGCUUCGGGCGUCGCGCGUGUUGGCUGAUUUCCAGUCUUCUGCUCACUCUCGGCUCUUUGAUGAUGGCUCUAUCUUUCUCAAUCCCAGGGUUCCACGGUUACCUGAUUGGCAACAUCCUCUUGGCCUUCGGCGGCACGUUCCUCUUUGUUUCCACGUAUCAAUUAAGCAACGCUUUCCCCAGGCAUUCCGGAUUAAUCGUCGCUCUCGUCACUGGUGCAUUCGACGCUUCCGCGGCUGUUUUCCUCUUUUACCGCAUGGCAUACGAAGCUUCCGACGGCGCAUUCUCCCUCGAAAAGUUCUUCUUCGCCUACAUCUCCGUUCCAGCGCUCAUCUGCCUAGCUGAACUACUCUGGAUGCCGCCUCACUCGUACCACUCGUUGCCUCAAUUAGAGCAGAAGCUCGAACAGGCCCAAGACCGGAGUCGCGAUGUUCACGCGUCGGAUGAUGAGAUCAAUGACACCAAUGAACUAACGCGUGUUCGAAGCGCGCGUGCCGAUCAAAGAAAGGCCAAGAUUGAGAAGAUUGAACAAAUCGCUGGCGAUAGAGAACAACGAGGAGAACGCAUCAAGGAAGAGGAGGACCGACAGGAAACAAGUGGUGUUUGGGGAGUUUUGCACGGCGUUCCUGCUCACAGACAGAUGAUGUCGCCCUGGUUUAUCCUCAUCUUGCUCUUGACGAUCCUUCAGAUGCUUCGCAUGAACUACUUCAUCGCCAGUGUCAGAUCUCAGUAUCGAUACAUGCUGGGCUCCGAUAAGGCUGCCGAGCGCAUCAACGACUUUUUCGACAUCGCUUUGCCUGUGGGAGGAGUCGCUUCGACGCCUUUCAUUGGACUGUUGCUCAACAACUUGAGUGUUCCUGCUACUUUUAGCGUUCUAACGGUCUUUAUUAUUGUCAUCGGCGUCCUGAAUUGCCUUUCCAGCAUGUGGGCUGGCUAUUUUACCGUCGUGGCUUUUGUCUUCUUCCGACCUCUCUACUACUCAGCUAUCUCUGACUACGCUACCAAAGUGUUUGGAUUUGCCACUUUCGGACGUAUCUACGGAACCAUCACCUGUGUGUCAGGGAUCACCCAACUUGCCCAGUCUGGUCUCGAUGCGCUCACCCACGGCCCUUUACACGAUAACCCGGUCCCUAUCAAUGCUACGCUGGGUGCUACAGGAGCUCUUGUUGGCAUCGUCUUGACCGUAUUCGUUGCCGUCAAGGGUAGAAUCUUUGCGGAGAAGAAGGUCGAGGCGAAGGCUGAUGAUGAGAGAGAGCGACUAUUGUCGAAUGCGCAAUCGAACUAUGGAACUGGACAUUGA